ACUGUAUACAAAUUUAAGAAAAAAUUUGACAUAUUGUAUCUAAAACAAAAAAUAAUCAUGUAUUUUAACUAUUUUACAUAUUUUUAUUACAAAAUUUGUGAAAAAUCGUCUUUUACAAUAUCAGAUAGCUAAAAAUAAAUAAUCACAAAUUUUGCUAAAAGAAAUACUACUGAUAAUUAAAAUAAAACUGUAAUGUAAAAGUUGUUGUAAAUGUAUAAGAUUUGCAUUAUUAACAUAUUAUUCUAUUGCUCAAAAACCUAUUCUCAAAUUUUCAAAUGUUAAAAAUACCAAAUAAAUUUCAUUAAUAUUAAGUGACGUGAUUGAUAUUGCGAUGUCAAAAGACGUGUAACGGGACCGGCAAACCGGUUACUGGUUUCUCCGACCAAAAUGAAAUAUAAAAAAAUAAAAUGAAUACAACGAUAAGCCCAACGAACUUAAACACAAAGUGAAAUGUAUGGGCUAUAUUGAGUUUACAUUCUUGAGUGUCCCAGGAUGCGGGCGACCGUAGUCCCGCUAUACGACACAAACCAGUUAUUUAAGUGAGACCAGUAUCGUCUCGACUACUGACAGAAAAGUCAUGAAGCUGCAAGACUAUGUUAGAUAUCUCAUUUGUAUUUUGGUGGUGAACUUUAGAAGAACUGAUUGCAACAAACACAUCACCGAUGCUGCUGUCAAUAAUAAGGUUGAAUUAAGACAUGAACGUGGCGUUUUGGAUUUGGUUUUUGGAAGGUUCCGAACCUGUGGUGCUUGCUUAUGCGGCCGAUCAAAUCGUAAUGUAGCACGGAUAUUGGGUGGUGAAUAUACAGAAUCGCAUGAAUUUCCUUGGCUUGCAAACAUUCACGUAAAUUCUAAACUGUUAGUUAGUGGAGUAUUAAUAAACGAUCGUUAUGUCUUAACAGCGGCUAGUCAACUUAUUGGAACAACAGCACAUGAAAUAAAAGUAUCUUUGGGAGAAUACGAUCGAUGUUCUUUAGAUAUCUCGUCAGUAAACAAUAGCGUUGAAACCCUAAAUUUACAUCCAGAAUUCAAUCCAACAUCGAAUACUCAUGAUCUAGCUUUACUUCGUUUGAGUCGACCAAUUAAAUUCGAAAAAAGAAUAUCACCGAUAUGCUUACCCAACCCAGGAUCAACUUAUCUCGGUCAAGUUGGAACUUUAGUAGGAUGGACUAAGAACAAAGAUAAUAAUGAUACUGAUCAGGCGUGUAGACCUCGAAAAUUAGGUCUUCCUGUUUUGGGCCGCAAUGAAUGUAUUAAAUCAGGAAUAAAUCCAGUACAUUUAGACGAUGAUUACGGAUGCAUCGGUGUUGUAAAUACAAAUUCUUUAGUAUGCGGAAAUGAUGUCGGAUUUUCUGUGCAAUAUCGAUCAUACCUCGGAAUUUACGACCUUAUUGGAAUUAUUCCGAGCGUGAAUGAAUGCGACAAUACUCCUAGGGCAACUGUCUUCACGAGAGUAGGACCGCGCCUUGAUUGGAUAUUACAACACACUAAGGAUGCGUGCUAUUGUACAAAAUAAUACAGGCAAACUUUCUAUGAAAAUAUUGUUGCACAUAUGUGAUAUCUAUGUAUAUUGUUAUUUCUGCUACAUAAUAUAUACUGUAUU